CAGCCAGUAAAUCAAAUUGUUGAGUGUCGCAUCAUAAGCGAGUUGAUUUUACAUAAUUAACUGUAAAAUACCAAAACAAAAAUAAAAACCGAAAUUUAAGUGAAACAAAAAUAAAAACCGAAAUUUAAGUGAAAAUAAAUGAAAAGUCGAAAAAUCGUGUAAUGCGGUAAUAAAAGUGUUUAUAUGAGUUGAUUAUCAAUUAAAAAAGUGUCAUAACACUCAAUAUGAUGAAGGAGCCGAUAAAAAUUGAUGGGCACCUCAUGCUUCCUUCAUCACCUUAGCGCUUUUCCCACAAAUAAUAUAAAAAAAGUAUUUCGAAGUUGCUGAUGGGUGAGUUUCGUGAGUAAAGCCCAUUGCAUGUCGGUAGAGUGAUGGAUGAGCAAUCCGAAAAGAAAAGCAAAAUAAGUAACCGAAUAAAAAAUUAAUAAAGUAAAAAGUAAAAAAAGAAAAACAGACAGUGAAAUUGAAAAUUAUCUGCUUCUGGGAAUUACGACGCCCUUCGAACGACUAAUAAAUGACCACAAUAACAAUUAAGUAGCAGGAAUAAAAAACAAAUAAUUUAAAAUAACAAUAUUUGCAGCAGCAGCUACAACGAAAUAAUCACCAACACCACCUUCGCCAUGUCGAUGCGCAGCAAUAAACUGAAUUCCUCGCAGUCAGCGUAUCCGCCGUCGCCACAGUCACCACAGCUGCAAUAUCAUCUGCCUCAUCAUCAGCAUCAGCAACAGCUGCUGCAACAAUUGCAGCAACAACACAAAUUCCAACAGCAACAACAGCAAUUAUCACAAUCGCCACCGAGCGUCGCCCAGCAGCAACAACAGCAACAGCAACAAAUUAUAAAUGCUGCUGCCACCGCCACAAACAGUCGCAACAACUUGGCCACCCUAGUCGCGGCCAUCAAUAAUGAGAACAGCUAUCAGUUGUCGGCGGCAACGGGCAAUUCGCCAGCCAUUAAUGUCACAUCGCCCCCCUCGUAUUCAGCAGCCAUAGCCGCUGGUAAUAGUGGCGGUGGCGGUGUCAAUGGCGGUAGUUUGAGCGCUCCCAUACUUGAGAGCCAUAAAACGAAUGCUUCACCAUUCCAAUUUUUAAAUCACUAUCAAGCACAGGAUCUCUCAAAUAUGCCUAAUUCACAGUUGGUAGUGGAUGCUGGCGGUGGCGGUGGCGGAGGGGUUGGUAUUGUUAGUGAGGAGAAUGUCGAAGAGUUGGAUCCGCAACAGCAACUGUGUGUGGUUGCCAAGAUGCAAAAAUCGGUAACGAUUACUGUUACCCCACAGCGCAGCAACUCCAUGGACUAUUUAAAUUUCGAAGAGAAGCGUCAGUUGAUAGCUUCAUCGUUGUCAUUAUCGGAUAUUUUGCAUUGUAAUCCAGCUGCAGCUGGUAAAGAGGUGGCUACCAAUGCUAAUGGUAAGAAUAAAUAUUCUGAAAAUAUACCAACCUCACAUCCAAGUGAGUUGUCCCCAAACCACCAGAAUCCACAAUUCUCCACAUUGCAAAGUCCUAAAAAGCAAAACGGUGCUGCCCUGCGUACAAAUAGUCUCGGCUCCGGUACACGCACACCCCCGCUCGAGCGUAAAAGUAAGUUAAGUGCUUUGGGGCGAUUCUUCAAACCAUGGAAAUGGCGGCGGAAAAAGAAGAGCGAAAAAUUCGAAGCAGCUUCCAAGUCACUUGAACGCAAAAUAUCAGUACGUGCCAAUCGUGAGGAUCUUGUGCAGAAGGGUAUACUGCUGCCAGAGAGUCCACUGGGGAAUAUACAAGAGCCAGGCGAGGAUUCUUACUACAACACAAACGCCAACACAUCUACCAACAUGGCCAAUGGCUCCAUCCUUUCGGCUGCUAGCAAUAAUAACAAUAACAAUGCAAAUGGCGGUAAUCAACAAAAUUCCAUAAAUGCCACCACAGCCGGCAGUGCUGGGGGAGCGCUUAUUAACCAGCAACACUUGCAGCAACAGCAGCAGCACCAGCAACAACAGCAGCAAUGUGGCACAGUGGGAGGCAUGGGUAAUGUACCCACAUCAAUAUCUGUGCAACAAUUUAAUGCAAUGAAUGGUGGUGCAAACAAUGGUGGUAAUGAUGGUGGAGGUGUGUGCGUUUCCAGUGGCACGGGCUGUGGUAAUAAUGGGCAAGGAAGUGUUGGUGGCGGGGAUGGGUCUCCUAUGUCGGGUGUACCACACUCACAAUCAGCACCACAUCAGCUGGGGCAACCGCCACCGUUAACACCACUGGCGCAGCAUCAUCAGGCGUUGGCGCAACAGUUGCAGCAACGAUUUGCCAUAAGCAAUAAUAACGGUAAGUAUUUGAAUGUAGUAAGUCGGCAUUAA